AUGUCGAUGAGAUUCUUAUUCUUCUUUUUACUGAUGAUAUUAGUUAGUUGUCAAGCAGCUUCAGUAUAUGAUGGUGACGAGGGUGGCGACAGUAACAGUGACGAUACGGUUGAAUUGAAUAAUCAAUUUCGAUCACUAACUCGUCAACAAUUGGCUGAACUUGAUGAAUUUCUUUCGCGUAAACUUCUCGAUGAAUCUUUAUCUGCAACAUCCAGUGAAACAUUGUAUCGCAAUACCCGUCGUCCAUAUGAACAUACAAUUGUUAAACGUGCGCGCGAUGGAUUGUGGACAACAACAGAAGUUCUUAAUUGUAUUCAAGGCUUGCGAUAUUCGAAACACUCGAAACUUAACAUGGUAACACAAAUGCUCAACUGUUACCAACGUCUCAAAUACAGUGGCUAA